AAGCUGGAACAGUUGCAUUGAUGCCGUUGCUGUUGGAUUCGUCCCUGGUUCGCUUGGCGGGAUUGUUGCCGUUCUUACUUGUACUUGUACCAGUAGUAGUAUUAGUAGUAGAUUGUCGAGAUACCAAGUACUUUAACGCAAGCCGAUGGUCGACUCCAUCACGGACCUUGUCCUUUUCCUGCAAAUGUUUUCUCGAUUGCCGAAUGCCAAUCCAUGGAGCAAAGACUAGCGAGUCAUCACUCUUUGAUUCUUCUUCUUCGAGGUGUUGCUGCUUGACUUCCUCCCAUUCAUGGGACUGCACGAUUCCACUCACAUCGCUUGUCAGGCAGAACCGCUCGGCUCUUUUGCGCAGUUUCUUGAAACGUUUCUUCUGAUCUUUCUUGUUGUCCUUGUCCUUGUUACUGAUGGCACCAUCAGACGACAAAGCAGGUCGCCCUUCCUCCGUUUUGGUGGGAGGGGAUUCCAUGAUGAUGAUGAAAGGAAAUAGCAAAGGAAUAUCUUUUGCAAGCCAAAAUAAUACGAUGCCAAAGCCCAAAGUUUCCAAAGAGGGAGACAAAAAAAAGAUUUUCCGGAAAUGGAUGGUUGUGUGGGAGGUUGUGUGAAGAUUUCAUCGAGGCAAAAAAGGUAGCACAAUGGCUCUAUACCGUACCGGUACCACUGAAGAACUGCGACAUUAGACCCUCACGUCAGCAUCACCUCCUCCGGGUUCAUUGUCUCAUUUUGAUUGUUUGGACGUUCGGACUGACAUUUGUAUUGCCGGAUGGCCGCAUUGACGGCAACAAUAGAGGCUUGUGAAUUGUUUGAUGGGAUUGAUCGCCUUCUUUACCCAAAUCAAUUGAAACCUCCUCCACACCCAGAAUUGCGUCAGCCAGGCCUUGCUUCGUGUGCCUUCACCAAACAUCAGCGUUGCGUGGACAAGAAUGCAUACAUGUAGCAAGCAACCAUCACCAUUGACGAACUCCAACGAUCCCAAGAGAGCAAUAAGAGGUACCGCUACAACUAUACACCGGUGACAGCACAACGCAGCAAGGAACAGUCGACCACUCUGCUCGAGUUCUCAUCUUGUGUACUAGUAGUCUACUCCGGAGUAAGAGACGAGACAGCGCAGCAGCAGCAACCAGAAGACCAUGGAGAGGGCUGCUCCUCCUCCACCGCGGCCUCCCGCUAGAACCACAGGCAGUGAACAACGCAGCACCGAUGGAGGCGAUACGAGUGAAUCCACAUUGGCGGGAGACUCGAUCAAUGUUCCGGCGGUCGCUCGACGACGCGUGACUACAACAACAACAACCACUACUACUCACACCACCACCAACAACAGCAGCGGCAGUGAAACCAACGACAACCGCCGUGUGAGCGGCGGCGGUGAAUCUAGUAGUGCUCCACCUGUGCUGCCUCUUCAUCAUCGCCGUGAAGCAAGCUUGGGCUGUGAAAGCGAUCAAACCACCUGUACGGCUCCUUCUCCAAAUACCAUCAUGGAAGAAGCGGCGGCUCCUGUGGUGCCGUUGCAUCGGAGACAUCUAGCAGCCAACAAUAGUACUACUCCAGGCUCUUUGCCUUCUCUAUCGCUCCCUUCUUCGCCCAGCAGGGGAGCACUGGCAUCAUCAGAGGAGGAGAGUGUGGCAGAAUUCGAAGAUGUCAGCGAAGAAGUUUCGGUUGCGGAAUUGAGUGAAUGUGAGGGAUCCUGCUCCAGUAUCGAGACCACGGCAAGAAACAUUGAAGAAAUCGAAAACAACCACAAUCCACUUCCAAGCAAGGUGGCCGUCGUGCCGGCCAGAACGGACUCGUCAACAAUCUGCUCCACUUCCACUACUGGAAGACGUCCCGCCAAAAAGAAAAAGAAAAAAUCUACUACCUUUAUUACGAGCACAUCCUCCUCUUCGACCACCAAGGAUGUACGAUUGAAAGUUGUCGAUCGCAGUACCACUAGUAUGAGUCAAGACCACAGCAGCACGCCAACUUCCAAUCCAGGCGUGGCCGCUGCUAACAGUGUCAGAGGAGAAGGAAAUUCUGCUUCGCAACCAUCGCCUCCUGUUUUAAGCGCCAUCAAAAUUCCAGCAGCGCAACCCGCUACAGAGGGACCCACUGUGGCAUCGCAACACAGCGAUGUUCAUCGACCCAUGUCACUCCCCAAAUUCUCAAACCCAGAAAAUUGCAUGUGGACAUCCACACACGCGGCAAAUUGCCCUUCGGAAGAUCGAAGCUCUUCGCUCGUCAAUGUAUUGCUACAACCAUUGCCACCCAACUUUGAUUCCGAAACACAAUUACCACCGCUCGAACCGGACUACAGUACGCUCAUUCGUCUCAGUCUGUGGUCCGUCAUUGAUGGACACGGAGGAGGAUGUGUGGCGACGUACGCUUCGGAGGUACUCUUGCCACAUAUUGCUGCAUCCAUUUCAAGAGCACUCGGAUGUGCCAUUGUUGAUCGAGGAGUCUGUACGGUCAAUGGGCAAUUGCGAGAUGCCAAUGCGUUAGACCUCGAUGGACUCAUCAAAACGUCCGAUCGGGGAUCAUUGGGAAACCCAAAUUCUAUUCACUAUCGAUCGCCGUUUGAACGCUCGGACAGUGAAGAGGAAGACGAAAUUAUGGAUGCCGUGACGACAGCCAACAAUAGCGCACCGCCUCCCCCUCCGAACCGAUCACCGCCCGCGACGGACGAAGAAGACAA